GGCGCAUGCGCACAGAGCGCGGGGAGCGCGCAGCCGCGGGGCGGGACGGGACGGCGGGAGGUUCGUAACGGCGGAGAUGGGACAUGAGACAUGAGACAUGGCCACCAAGAGGAUGGCGCGGUUGCUGGGGCUGGCGCGGAGCAGCUCACACGGCUCACACGGUGCACACGGUGCACACGGUGCACACGGCUCACACAGCUCACACGGCUCACACAGCUCACACGGUGCCGGGCUGACGGGGCGGCGCUGCGGGUUCGGGUUCCUGCUCGUCGUCGACUUCGAGUCCACGUGCUGGCGGGACGCGCGGAGCCGCCGCCCCGAGAUCAUCGAGUUCCCGGCCGUGCUGCUGGACGCCAACACGGGGCGCAUCGAGGCCGAGUUCCACGCGUUCGUGCAGCCGCAGGAGCAGCCCGUGCUGUCCGAGUUCUGCACGGCGCUGACCGGCGUCACGCAGGUACCGGCUCCUCGCGCCGUUCGGUGCCGUUUUAAAGGGCCGAACUCGGCCCAAGUGACGCGGUGUUUCUCUCUCUGCCGCCCGAAGAAACAAGUGGAUGAAGGGGUCCCGCUGCGCAUCUGCCUGUCACGGUUCUUGAAGUGGCUUCAGCAGCUACAGAAGGAGAAGAAGUUCCUGUUCAGCUCCGACAUCCCGAGCUGUGCUGUUCCAGAGGCAGAGCUGUGCGCUUUUGUCACCUGGACAGACUGGGACCUGGGCGUGUGCUUGCACUACGAGUGUAAGAGGAAGCAGUUGUGGAAACCUGACAUCUUCAACUCCUGGAUUGAUCUCAAAGCAACGUACAGGGCCUUCUAUAAUAGAAAACCUAAGGGGCUGAGUGGUGCUUUGCAGGAUUUGGGGCUGGCUUUUGUGGGACGGGAACAUUCUGGGUUGGAUGACUCUCGGAAUACUGCUCGUCUUGCUUGGAGGCUGAUUUGUGAUGGGUGUGUGCUGAAGAUUACUAAAUCUUUGGAUAAGUCCUGUCCUAGGAAGAACAUGAUUGCCAGAACGCUGAGUACUGACUCUGCUGACAAGACUCUGCCGGGAAGAAGCAGCAGCUUUGAAACAUCCGGAGAUAGACCUUGCAAAGCAAACUCUCUGGCAGAGAGAAACCACAAUAGUACUGCUGGAAUUAUGGUAAAUUCUAAUGUACAAUCUGCAGAACAGGCCACUUGCAGUGAUUGCUCUGCAGACACACGUGUUGUAUCUGGCAGCAGCUCAAGGGCUGAUUUGUGUGAAGAAACCCGAAGCUCUUCUGCAGUAUCUGCUGACAGGUUUCCUCCUCUUCUCAGACGUGCACAUCAGUCUCAUAGUACUUUAUCACCAGGCAUUCAGCAAGGACUGAACUGUGGGCAUCUCAUGAGCACAGCAAGGUACAACAGCUCUGCAGUGUGUGGGUCAGGACUAGUACUCAUCUCCACCACUGUCUCCUCAGUUAAUACCUCCAGUGAGAAUACAGACACUCGUUCUGAUUGCUUGUCUCUGCUGACUGACUGGGAAGAUGUAGCUUUAAUACCUAAAUCUCAAUCUGAACCAAAUUCAGACUGCAUUCAGUCUAAGGAGGACUCAAGUACAGACAUCUUAACUGUGUCUGAAGAAAAAACAGAUCCAGAGCAAUCAGCUGCAACGAGUUCAGGUGAUCAGAGUUUAGGGAAAACUCUGGUACCCACAGAACCUCCUAGAUCUAUCAUUUAUAAAAGUCCUGAUACUACUAUCUAUAAUGUAGGAAUGGUGCAAAGGCAGACUUCAAAUCUUUCUGCUUUUAAGAUCCCAUCUGCAAAGGUAAAUACUAUUUCAUCCCAAUCAGCAUUAAUGAGAAAUCAUUCUGUUCCUUCUGAGGUUCCCAAAAGAAAGCCAACCAGUCCACCAGCACUCCCACCAGCAAAAAAACAGCCUUUUGCUAUUUAUCAGGAGAAAAUGGCAUCUUCAGAUCAUGCCUUGCCUUUGAGAAAUCUGAAUUUGUCCAAAGCACCUCGUGCCAUUCUGAGCUGCACAGUCAAUCCAAAUCAGUCUGUAACAGCUGAGCAAAACAAAAAACUGACUCCCCCUCUCUGUAACUGCGGUCGAAGGGCUAAGAGGCUCUAUGUGUCAAAUGCAGGUCCAAAUCAUGGCAAAGCUUUUUUCUGUUGCCCUGUUGGCAGGCGAGAAGGUAGUAAGAAAAGUUGUGGAUACUUCAAGUGGGAAAAUGUAUUUCUAAAAGAGAAAUCUGUUAUCGCCAUGAAUGUAGAUGUAGAUGCUUUGACCUCUCUUGGAACGUGCCCCAGCACUUCAGGAAAUUCUUCCAACAAAAGUUUGUUCCUCAGACCAUCUAUGAGAACUUGAAGCUCUUUAAUUUGGUGGUUUGAAUCUUAAGGUCAGUCAGUUAACUGUGGUUAAUGAAACUGGGGCAGUCCAAUGAUGUCAGAUACAUAUUCUGAGCAAAGGAUGGAAAUAAUGUUGAUUGGCUAAUGUGGAUGAAAACUGCAGCUGUUUAAGCAUGCAGACAUACCCACGUUACCAUGAUUGGAGUGGGACAGAACAAAUCUUGUGCCGCAGUUAAGGUGUGAGAAGCUGUUGUUGCACAUCUUAAAUUCCUAUUUUGUUAUCACGUGUCUUAAAUUCUUUGCAAAUUGAGUCCUUAAAUAUUUUAAUGAGGUAGAUUUUGCUUUUAUACUAUUUCUUCUAAACGUACUUGUAGAGAUUUUUAUUUAUAAGUUGUCCCACUGCUCAGGAGUGAUUCUUGAAGCAAGUCUUGUACAGAACUCCUGUGGAUUUUUCUCAUUUCAGUAAUAAAGAUGAAAGGCUAGUGA